AGAAUGCUAGAGCUUUUUACUGAAACUUUUUUCGAGUUCUUUUAAGAAUCCACGAAUUAACAGAAUUAAGUCGAGCAAUGUAGAAUGCUGGAGCUUUUUAGUUAAAUUUUUUUCCAGUUCUUUUAAGAAUCUCUGACUUAAAAGAAUCAGGUCAAGUAGAAUGCUAGAGCUACACAUACCACAGCAUUACUGAAAUAUUUUCCAGUUCUUUUAAAUACUCGUUAAUUAACAGAGUUGGGUCAUGCAGAUUGCUAGAGCAGCAGAUAUUACUGGUUUUUUACUGAAACUUUGUCUAGUUCUUUUAAGAUCCCAUGAAUUGACAUUGUUGGGUCAUGCAGAUUGCUAGAGCCGCAGAUGCUACUGCAUUACUGAAAAUAUUUCAAGUUCUUUUGAGAUCCCAUGAAUUAACUUAGUUAGAUCAUGCAGAAUGCAAUAGCUUACUGAAAAAAAUUCAACUUCUUUAGAGUUCGCAUGGACUAAAAGACUUGGGUCAUGCAGAAUACUAGAGCUGCAGAUACUACUGCAUUACUGAGAAAUUUUCCAUUUCUUUUAAGAUCUCAUACAUUAACACAGUUGGGUCAUGCUGCAGAUACUACUGCAUUACUAGAAAAAUUUCCCAUUUCUUUUAAGAUCUCAUACUUUAACAUAGUGGGGUCAUGCUGCAGAUACUACUGCAUUACUUGAAAAUUUUCCAUGUCUUUAAAGAUUAGAUCCUUAAUUGUAAGAUUUAGCAAGUUACCAGUAUGUUUACUAUUGUAUUUCUUUUAUGAUGUAUGCAGAAGCAACUGAUGGACCCUGGGAUCAAAGGUACCCUGAACGUACUGGAAGCAGCCCACAAAGCUAAAGUAAAGCGGCUGGUGCUGACCUCCUCUGUAUCUGCUUUCGUUCCCAACCCAAAGUGGCCUGCUAACACCCCCUUGGACGAGACAUCCUGGACUGAUAUAGACUACUGCAAACAAAAUGGGAUUUGGUAUCCUGUAGCAAAAACACUGGCUGAAAAGGUAGCUUGGGAAUUUAGCAAAGAGAAAGGGUUGGAUGUAGUUGCCGUCAACCCAGGGACUGCUUUGGGUCCCAUUCUCCCUCCUGAUUUCAAUGCCAGCUUGGCCAUGAUCGUCCGCCUAGUCAGUGCAGUCUAUUUUCACAAAGCCUAAUUGCAAUCCUAAAAGCCAGUGGGGUGGAGGCAAAAGCAACAGGAGGAGGGUAGCCUGACUUGGAUCAAUCUAAAGCUGGAAAUUACAGCACAGUGCAGGAUGCAACAAUAAAUUUUGUGCUUGACAAUAGUAUACAAUAUCGCAUGUACGGUUUUCUGUAAUUGGUUUUGUUGUUGCUGCCCUGAUGAUAUUUUGGGGAAGAGCUAUCCAAUUGCCUUCAGUUCCAUUUUCCUCUAUAUAGGUCUUCCUGAAGGUUUGACUCUACACGUUCAUAUUAUACAUUUUUGACAGAAUCAAUAAGUAUUAAGAAUAACAUGACAGCAGGCAAGCACCUUGCAGAGCAUUGCACAACAUUAUGAUUGUGAGCAGAAGGGGGUGUAAUUGCAUGUGACAUUCCUGAUUGUGAGGAGAAGGGGGUGUAAUUGCAUGUGACAUUCCUGAAGGUUUGACUCUACACGUUCAUAUUCUACAUUUUUGAGAGAAUCAAUAAGUAUUAAGAAUAACAUGACAACU